AAAACGAUUGGUCUUAUGCAUUUAUUUGUAAAGAUUAAUUAGCGGCCUAUUAGUUUAUAGUGAGACGGUCUACAGGGCCAUAUACAGUCAAAAGUGGGUAACCAGCAGUGCAUGCUUCUUCCGGGUAUUGUAACUGAAUAGAGCAUGAAUACCGACCUAUUGUGUAAGAAAUGGGUGUCAAAUUAACAGGUAGGAUCACACCUAACGAUUGCUCUUGGUGAUGAGGUAUGCAUUUAUUUGUUAAGUCUAAGCGGUCCUAUUAAUGUAUUAUGUGAAGGUCUAUAAGGCCACAUUAAGUCACAGGUGAGUAGCCAAUAGUGAGCAUGACAUAAGUGUAACGCAAUCGACCAUAGGUAUCGGAAGAUUGACAUACACGGAAGUAAAACGUAUAAAUGAUAAAAAGGAAAGAAGAAACCUAUUCCAGAGAAACAUAUUUAACCAGGAUUACAUAAUCAAGAUUGUUCGUCUAGAACAUUAGGGCAUGCCAAGAAGUGUGGUUCUGAAGAGAAUUUCCAGUCAUUUCAAAGGUUGGACCUGAACAUUCAGUUUUUCAUGUGGCUUUGCAACAGACAAGCAUCAUAGAUUGAAGAACUAAAAUCCAAAUUGAACAGAAAAAGAACUGAUCUCAGCUACUUAUUUCGCAUUUUAUCAACGAAUCCUUAUCAAAUUAGAACAUUAUCGGGCAUUAAACACUUGUAUCACGUGCUUGCUUUUAACUAGCAGUCAUAUGUAAAUGAAGUUGGUUUUGAUAAAGGUGCUAAAGUGAAGGUCGAAAUUUAAUUGAUUAAUUACCGGAUAUGACGUGCAACAAGCGAUAAACAGUUAAGAAAUGGCAACACCACAGGUAGCCAUUGGUGCUAGGGGGCAGACGACUUGUGCGCAUCAUCAACGGGUCACCUUAGACUGGUUUUGUGAGAAAUGUAGUGAACCGAUAUGUGUAGAUUGCAUUUCUUCUUUACACAAGGGUCAUGCUAUCAUUAACCUGAGUCACGUGACUCCUCAAUACAAAUGUAAAAUCGAUAAUUUCAUCAUCGAAACCGAGCAAAAUGAGCUAGUUCAACUUCAACAACAAAUCACAUCGACCAAAGACAGUCAUAAGAAGAGCCUAGAUCAUUUCGAAGUCAUAGCAAUAGAGGUCAAAGAACAUGGAGCGAAACUGAAGGAAAAUAUUGAUGCUUUAUUGGCUCAAACACUCUCCCAGCUGAAACAGUUAAAGGAUGAAAAUUCCAAACCUUUUAUUACUCUCCUCACUGACCUUGAAACAAAGCUUGGACAAUUGAAAGAACAGUUGAAACAGUGCAAGUCAACCCUUCAGACAGGCACAGAUAUCGAGGUGUUCCACACUGUAAAUGAACUCCCCAAAACCACCUCCUCUCUCCCAGAUCAAUUCAUACAAGGUACUGUCCGUUUCAAUCCAAAUAAAAGCCAUCAAGAACUACUGAAACAAGCAUUUGGUUCAUUAGCGUCGUCUACAUCCCAUCAGCCAUCUGCCGAACCACCCGGACUGUUAAGUAAGCUGUUCUCCUUUGGAUUGCAAAUGUCAUCCACGAAAGAACCGACGGCCUGUUCGACACAACAGAAUGAUAUUCCACCACAGACCAAAGCUCGGGUUAUAACAGAAUGGAAAGCUGCGUAUGCAAUUCACGCUAUGUGUCCAACAGGUGAUGGUGGGGUCUGGACCUGCGGAGAUACCACAUUGACACAUCUGUCCCGCCAAGGAAAAAUAGAGCAGAAAAAAUCUGUCGCAGCAAGGAACAUGUGUGUCUCUCCCACUACAAAAAAUAUCUGGGCAUGUUCUGCCAGUUCUAAAAGCGUCAUGGAGUUGACCUCAGAUCACUUCAGAUUUAACACAGAUGGUCCACCCUAUUGCAUCUGUAUUACAAAAGAUGGUCUCAUCCUUGUAGGGACGAAGAACUCUAUCACUCCAUACACUACGAAAGGGAAUCCUGAUGUCACCACUACAACAAAGUCGUUACUGUGUUCACCACGGAGAAUCUCUCUCUGUCCAGUGAGUGAGAAUGUUGCUGUAGUUGACAGAGAUUUGUUAGCAGACGGUGGCAGGGACAAACCACGGGUCGUUGUAAUGAACAAACACCUAAAGGAACUGUUCCCGUAUGGACAAGCCCAACACGCCAGCAGGACAGGGUCACGCUCGUUUGAUCCCUAUGAUGUAACCUACGACAGUCUGGGAAACAUGGUUAUUGCCGACAGGGAUAAUAACAGCCUGCAUCUCUUGGCUGGUGAUGGACAAUACCUUCGACUUCUACACACUGACCAACACCAGGCAUGGGUUUUAUGCGUGGGAAAUGACGGGAUCAUAUGGGCAACAUUUGGUCGUUUUAGCGGUAUGCGUACGGUCAAACUUCUUGAAUACGACAACAAGUCCACGUAGAUAAAAGGUGUGUGUUCCCCAUUAACAUUUAACAAAAGGGAACAAUCACGUAGGAUAGUGUGGGGUUUUCUCGUGUUGUGAAUGACGUCUAAAGCCUUGUGGUGUUAAACUUCUACAACGAUGUCAUAAUGUACAUUUUUUUUUCUAAAUGGAGACAUCAAAAUAUGCUUGUAACGAAUUGGGUUUCUUCUCAAAUGCAGAGCCUGACAAUAGAAAAUAGCUUGUAAUAACUUGGAUAUCUUCAUUAACUAAUCAAUCUGUACAUUGCUUUAUAUAAACAGUAUGUAGUAGGAUUUUAUUUUGUAACAUUUACAUGAUCUACAGCUCUUUUUUAAAUAAACUCAUAUAGUUUGGA